AUGUCGGAAGCACUCAAUCAACCCGAUGGCCUUACUUCCGUUUCGGAACAGGACUCCAUCGCAUUGCAGACAACAGUGGACGUAGUUCUGGACUCGCAAGAUUCGGAUAUCGAGAGGCAGGAAUCGCUGCAGCUGCCUGAAGGCGGGCUCGCAGCAGUGGUGCGGAAGCGGCGCUGGGAACAUCGUACGCCAAGGCGUCGUCACCACCAGCACAAAUCACAACGUGUGUCAUCCGGGAUGCUGGAUUCGCUGAACCUGGCGUCGCUGAGGCGGAACACCUCGACUUCCUUCUGCAGCGUAUCCAGCACCGAUCAUGGAACCCAUUUUUGCUCGAUUUCAGAGAGUGCCCGUUCGAUAUCAACGUCGGAGGGCACGAUCCCCAACGAAAGCGAAGCUGAAAUGUCGAGGAACGCAUCGGCACUCGCCGGUUACAACAGUGUUGAUGAAGGUGCUGUAGGUGUUACCGACGUCACGUCACCGCUUGCCACAGCGGUUGAGGGUGACUCCGCACCGGUCGCACAGAUGGAUUCGAUACAUAGCCUUCUCAGCACUGCCAGAGACGAGCUGUCGCCGGAAAGUGACGAGGUUGAUGCACCCGACUCACAGGACGGCAGUGCACCGAAUCAGGCGGUGCGCCAGUUGACGCUAGAAAGCUUGCGCACGACGUCUUCUGUGACUUCCCAGGACCAAGGUUGUACUGUGGUCGUGGAUGUCCGUGACGACUCAGGCUAUGUGGAGUCGGAUUGCGAGGGUUACUGUGUGUUGUCUACUGAGGCCCCCGAUACGGAUCAGGUGCCCGCCACAGAGUUGCCUCAGCAGGCCACCGAUGAGCCGCCAACUUUGGACAUCUCCAGCGUCGUCGACGCUUCUAAGGAGCCCGUUGUGAUUGAAGACGGCAGAUACACAUAUUCCCCCGAGGCGCAGUUAGGUGUCUUACGUUUAUUCUCCCACCAAAGUGGGAACGGGACGCGGCAGACGGAAAAUCUGCCCAUACCGACGCGUAUUGUGAUAAACAAGUCCCCUUUCGUGUUCGGGAGUGAUGCGUCAUGUGACGUGACAUUUGAACGUGACGUAUACCGCCAUAUUUGUAGCCGGCAUUGCAAGAUCGUUUUCUCCGAGUGCAACGCUUUGGCGACAAACCUGCGUUCCUCAGGUAUCACCCCUUACCAAGUGGAGGUUGUUAGAAUGCACGCCGAAGCUACUAUGUUCGUGAACAACGUGGCGCUGCGCAGCAGGGCUACACUGCGCAACGGUGACGUCUUGACGCUCGGGCCGAAGAAAUUCGGUGUGAGCUUUACAGUCGCCUUCCGCACACGCGAGGCCUGCGUGGCGCUCAUGGACCAAUUGAACUCGUUGAUGCUGACGCCGUCGAACGAAUCGCGUCUGCGGCGUCAGGCACUCACACCGACCCAAAGCAGCGGCACGGCCAGUCUGCCGCUCGUCUCCGCGGAGAACACCAGUCGUGAUUUUGACCUGGAGCUCCACACCAACGUGGCGGUGUUCGAGCUGUACUACGGCGAACCCGCCAUAGAGGGAUCUCUAUCGCAGGACUGGGACGGAACCCCGAGCGUUUUCAGCCCGCAAGCCGACUGGACCAUGAGCCAACCGUCUCCAUCAACUAUUCGCAGUGAAUACAGCAUAUUGGGGGCUAGCGCCUUUCCGGAAUCGCGUGCAAGCUCGCGCGUCGCAACCCCUGGAAGGGACAGCAGCACCCGACAUAGCGUGAUUUUGGGCAGUAAAGGGACCGGCGGCCAGGGCACGGAAGCGUUCGACAGCCCAUCGCCCUACCGUUCGCUUCGCAGGAACAUGGAAUCAUGCAAGAUCGUACACACCGAUCUGAAUUCACAAGACUACGACGACGAUUCGCUGACCGGCAAGCUGCUGUUGAGCACAUACACCACAGGCCUCAACCCAGACAACGUGGACGCUGCCGAAAAAAGGCCCCCCACGAACAAAACUCGGGUUGACUACGAGUCCGAGAUGCGGCUGAACGCAGCCAAGGUGGCCAAGUUGCGUUCGUUCAACCGCACGUCGGUGCCCAUCGUGGUCGACAGCUCACGCUCGUUGAGCUCCGACGACGAGAGCCAGUGCCUAACGGUUGCGAAGCUGCGCUUUCUGGGCACCAUCAGCGCGACGUACCAAACUACCCUCCAGGAGCUGAUGCCAUCGAUCGACGGGAUGCUCCAGAGCUACAUGGACCAGUCGCCCACUGCCGCGAUGAGCUCGCUUUCUGACUACGAGUUUUUGCUCAAGAGGUGCGGCGAAUCCAUCUCCAAGGAGAACUACCAGCACAACUGGGUGUUCCAGCUGGACUUCUUCGACCGCGACGAUCCACUGUUCCGCCGAGCGGUCUACGCGUCGUUGCGCCGCAACGAGCCAGACAAGCAGAGGCUGCGCGCCUCGGUCACGGCUGCCAUCGAGCAGCUGAAGCGCUCCCGCGUGCUGUACAUCCAAAUGCGUGUAAUUUGA